AUGGCACGCGUCAAGUUCAUUCGUCGUCGAUCAGAUGAACCUUCUCAGUUGAGACCCAGUGCACCUGCUCGCAACAGACCUUUGGCGCCUGCUCAGCCAUCUAGCAGUGCUCAAAAUCUUGAUCCAAACAUCGACCCACGCCUUCAAGACGUGAAUGUCCAUCCAGGAACCUUUGGCGACGACUCUCUGGUCAGCCAAGGCACAACUAUCAAUCCAUCUGUGUCUCGAGGAGCCGCGGAGCCUUCUCAGCAAUCCGCUGCACAGCUUGGAGGAGCAGAUCCAAACUUGGUAGCUGCUGUCUCUGGGCUGUUGCUGCUUGGUGGUGCGAAUCCUUCUCAAGCCACGGCUCCUCAAGUCACGGCUCCUCAAGCCCAGCCGAGACCACGUCGAGCUAAUGAUAUCUUUCCAAACAUCAUUCAGCCACCAGCUGUGCCAAAUCCCGAUCCAGAUUUUGGUGGGCCACGAAUCAACAGCACUUCCAAGCGGGUGAAGCGAGACACUGGCGAAUCCAAGAAACCCACAUUGUCAGUUGAGCAGUUGUCUAUGCAGUCAUUCAAAAACAAUUGUCGUCUUGACGCUAGGCGUGGGACGCCCCAGUUCAAUAUCUUCCAGGCUAUCCUGCAACAUGCCCACAUCUUCUUUCAUUUCAUCACAUGCCUCGACAUUGACGAACUAGUCACUCUCUAUGCCAUCUCUAAGGAUUUGCAUAAUGUGGUUAACACAGCCACAACAGCCAUAAUGCUCUCUCAAGCUAUGCGUUAUGCCUCGGAUGCAGCAACAGUUUUCCCAUUCAGAUGCUACCGCAGACUCUGCAACGACGACAGCCGUGUCGAACUCGAUCAGACUCGUGGGCAAUCUCGUCUGAUACCUUCCUUCCGCUGGCUUCGCAUGGUCCGCUAUCGUGAAGAGGUAGCACAGAAAAUCAUCACCAUGCUGAACGAUGAAGGCCUCUACCUCCCAGGACAUUGUGCAACAAUCGUCAAGAAAGUCUGGUUCCUGAUGGAUAUCCCAGAUAACCAGCGCCGUGUUGCUAUCAUCCAAAACGAAGAUCUAUGGUCCGCAUCUGAUCUUUUCUACGCAAUUAUGCUUUUUAUGAGAAUCGACAUGCGCUGCACAGAUCCACUUGCUAAGAGAGCCUACGGCCACAUGCGUCGCAUGCUCAUAGCCCAACCCAGUAUGACCAUGCUAUGCCGUGUGCUCGAACGCAAAUUCCUCAUCAACAGGGUUGAAACGGUGCAGACGUGGCUACGAUGGAAAUACGAGCCUCGCAACAACGAUCCAGCCGAUUUUUACGGAAUGCCUCUUGCUGAAUUGGGCUUGUUGCAAUAUGAGGGAUAUGGUAAGGAUGGUAGACAUGUUAAGCUUCUCCGCCCCGAUGAUUUGAUCCUCAAAGAAUGCGUGCGUAGGGGUAUGGAUAUGGAGCCGGCGUUCUUUUGUAUCCUGAACUGCACGGGACCACGGCCAGAGCCAGUUGUUGAUGAUGAUGAUACUAUGUCGCUGGACGAAGCUGAUAAGUGAUGGCCAUGCGCUAUGAGUGUUAUUCGGCUGCAGUAUCAGAUUCGCACAGCACAGGUCUGAUGUAGUCACCCUAAUUAGUUUUGAUAGCAAAUGAAUGGAAUUGAAAUUAUGUUGGUGAGUCAGUC